AUGGAGUUCGGGUUUGGGCCCUGUGCUGGAGUUUGCGGAGGAGCUAGAAGAGUCUCCGGCACCGCAAGCAUCAACACGUGGUGCCCACAACAGGCCAAGCCAGGGCUGCGCGCUAGUGCUGAAAGAGAGAGUUGCAAGAAGCUGGUGGUUUGUCGCGACACGCUACUGCCCCGCCUCCACCCGACAUAA